AUGAAGCAGGAAAAGACACAGAACUGGACGAAACGAAGCCGACGUUGGCGGUUCUUCUUCUUCUUCUUCUUCUUCUUCUUUUUGAUAAUGGCAGAAUAA